CAUCAUGUCUCUUACUAAGGUGGGGAUCGUUGGCAAGACUGCCGCCAGAUUUGGUGUCCAGGAAAUUCCCGGACGUAUGUCAAUUCCAAAGAUUCAACAUGACCUGACUGUGAAUAUGCUACCAAAGAGCCAAGUACCCGUAACUGGCAGGAUGGAUCCAAUCCCUCCAAAUGCUUUGACGAGAGCAGUUGACAAAGUCAUGUUUCCUAUCAUAAAGUUCUAUUAUCCGAGGAGCGUCCAAUGUGAGUUAGGUCUGAGAUUUGACGACUGGUACUACAACCAAGCCACAGACAAGAAUGUCGGGACAGCACUGAGUAGGAUUGACGACAUCGACCUGCAGCUCCGUAAUUUCCGUGGACUCCGAGCUUCCCAGUUGGCCAUUGAACGAACAGUGUGUCCAGAAGCUGAAAGGUGGGAGGAGGUAGUCGGUGAAGUGCGAUAUGUCAAGCCCUGGAUCGAACAAGUACGAAAAGAAAAAGCCGAAGCUGAUGCCUGGGAUAACUACUAGUUACAUCAAUGACAAUCACCGUCACGUGACGUCGCAUAACGUCACGUGACGAGAGUAAUGUCUACUGACUCCGCGUCCUAAUGUCACGUUGUCAUUAGUUUAGGAUAUGAGAAAAUGUGGAUUGUUGUUCCGGCCAGCUAUGUUUACUUUAAGUGUAGACUUACUCGUUUUGGAAGUUCCCCACGUUUUGUAUUUACUUUUGCCGGUUGGUUAAGUUGUAUUUCACGUAAUUUAGUGAUCCUCGUUUAGAGAAAAUCAGACAUGAAAUUGUAUUUACUAAUUCUAAUUAUACGACUCCCUGGCUUUGUAAUACAAAUUGCUGAGUUUCAAUUUGACCAUAAGUCAUAUGUUAACUUAUUUGCUA